UUCAAUGACUGGGUGUACCAAAAAAGUGCACGACGUGUUUAUAAUUAUGAAUCAUCCGUUCUUGCUGACAACUUAAUUACUUCUUGAGCGGUUUCUAAUAGUUGUACGCUGCAAAAUGUUAAAACUAAAUUUGGGGUUUGCUGUCAUAGCCUUCGCUUUAAACGUAUGUCAUUUUGUUUAUACCGAAGAACCAGGAUGUUCGAAAUUUGACUAUGAUAAAAGAAUAAUGGAAUUCAUUACCGAGACAAGAUACGAAGUAAAGAAGAUGGCGAACGAUUUAAGGAGAACGGAAGAAUAUAUGCUAGCUAUUUUAGAAAAGCGUAAAGGUGAAAUGGACCAGAUGGUCGACAAACAUGAAAAGGGAAUGAUGAAUAUCACAGACAGAGUUAAAAGUCUUCAAGAAACGUUUGGUUACAAGACUGUAGCUUUCAGUGCUUAUAAUCCAUUCGACAAGAGUUUACACACGAACGAAAUUCUUAUUCUUCAGUCGGUGCUCAUAAACGAAGGGAAAGGAUAUGAUUCUAAAAGUGGAGUAUUUACGGCACCAACUAACGGUCUUUAUCACUUCACCGCCCAUGUUUGCAACACAUACGCACUUGUUAUUCACUAUGCUAUUGUGAAAGAUGGUGAGUGGAUAGCAAGAUCACAACAAUUUGAACAAGCCGAUGAAAAUAAACACAAAUACGCCGGCUGUAGUUCUGUAAGCGCCCUUACAAGGAUGGAAACAGGUGACCAAGUAUGGAUAAUGUGUACUUCUGGAUAUUCUUCUUCUACUUUUCAGAUUCACGACGACAGCCAUCGUCGGAAUUCGUUUAUUGGUGUUCUUCUUCAUACAUAAUGUCUUAUAAGUUAAUCAGGUCGUUGGCCGUGUAUUUAGAGCCGUCGACGAUUUUCCUCAUCAUUAUAUUGCUAACUUGUGGGUUAUAUGCACUUAACUAAACUGUGAGUUAUAUGCACAAUAAUAUUUUUUAUUGUUGUU